UUAGGACAGAUCAGACAUAUUAUAACGAUGCCUGAAAUAAAUACUGACAAUCUGGACGAGCAGCAGGUUCAACUUCUGGCUGAGAUGUGCAUUCUUAUUGAUGAAGAUGACAACAAAAUUGGGGCUGAGACAAAAAAGAAUUGUCAUCUGAAUGAAAACAUUGAGAAAGGAUUAUUACAUCGCGCUUUUAGUGUCUUCUUAUUUGACACAGAAAAUAAGCUCCUACUACAGCAGAGGUCAGAUGCUAAAAUUACCUUUCCAGGUUGUUUUACCAAUACUUGUUGUAGUCAUCCAUUAAAUAAUCCUGGAGAACUUGAAGAAAACGAUGCAAUUGGAAUAAGACGAGCAGCACAGAGGCGUUUAAAAGCUGAGUUUGGGAUUCCCAUGGAAGAGGUUCCACCAGAAGAAAUUAAGUAUCUAACAAGAAUUCACUAUAAGGCCCAAUCUGAUGGCAUUUGGGGUGAACAUGAAAUCGAUUACAUUUUGUUUGUGAGGAAGAAUGUAACUCUGGAUCCAGAUCCCAAUGAGAUUAAAAGUUAUUGUUAUGUGUCAAAGGAAGAGCUAGAAGAAAUGCUGAAAAAAGCAGCCAGUGGUAAAAUUAAGAUCACUCCAUGGUUUAAAAUUAUUGCAGAAACCUUUCUCUUUAAAUGGUGGGAUAACUUAAAUCAUUUGAAUCAGUUUGCUGAACAUGAGAAAAUACAUAGAAUGUGA